CUUCGGUUUGUUUCAGCCGCCGUCAGUGUGGCCAGCUGUCAGAUCUAGCGAAACGUUCAAGUGAACGGGUGUUCGAUCCACGUCAACAGUGAUUGUUUUUUUUCUCUGACAACAUUGAACAUUCCGCACAUCGGCAUCAGUGAAUCAGCACCGACCAUCGAUCCACGGUCGAUUAACGAAACUGAGCUCAAUCCAGUCGCUGGACCCUGAUUAAUCAGUGUUAAUUUGUAGCGUAACUUGUUUAGGCUGAAAUGUCACGUGAAUGCGGCUGCGGAGCGAAGAAGAGCUUCGGCAGAUUUUAGAAGCCCGCCAACCCGACAACUGAAUCGUGCGCGGUGACGUUCAGCCGGUGACGAAGGCAAAGUACGACGUCGUAAUCCUGAGACAUCGUGUAUAUUUACGUUACAGCCGAUAUUAGAGGUGGCAUUGUAUCAGUGGAACGGAUACCGAGUUGUUGGUACUGUAUAUGAUAGGCUCCAGGUUACGGAGUUCUCGCUUCGUGGAAAAACCAAUUCGCAGGACGACGAGAGCGCUAAUAAUAUACGGGAACGUCUAGAGUACGAAACGACUAACGAGGUGUUUUGUUUGUCAAAGAUCACCGUGGCGAUGAGUUUGACUAUGAUUCCAUAGCACUUAUCGUAGCUUGACAAGAUCGAUUCAUAAAUUACUUCUAACUACAUUAUCGAUUAGCGACUAUAUCGGAUGGUAUACGGUCAGCUCAGAAGUAUUUGGCCCCUAUAUAUCUGCCGGGAGCUUUAUAUUCGUGAUAAAUAACUGCAACCGAAACGCCAUCAAGACGUCCGCAGUAGAAGCAUGUAAUUUUGAGAGACCGAGACCGAAAGAAAAUAAUCGUAGAAGGAACUUGCAUUCGUCAGGAGUUCCAUCACAAUGAGUGCGGCGAACGUAGGCGAUCCUCUAUUAAACCGCAUAACAAAUGGAUAGUCACAAGCGUGAAAGCUCGCUCGGUUGAUAAAGAGCUGAGUAAAACAUGAAAGAUGUCCAACAGAGUUCAAAUGCGAAUUUUAAUUAUAGAGCGUAGCUUGUAUCCGUAUAAUAGUGCUAAAGCAAUUGAAGUAGUAAUGAAGAACAAAUUAAGUUCAUCGUCCGAGUGAGGUAAAAAUGCUGAAGACCUAAGCCGGACACUGGCGCUGUACUAGUGAAAUUGCAGUUAGAACCCGGACGGAUCUGUUACACCAUUAGCAGCGAAAAAGCGGUGGUUGUACAAUUGGCAAAGAUGCACCAUUACAACGACAAAUUAGCAUGGGAAAAGCCACAUAUGGGUAUUCUGUGAGAAACAAGUCAUCCGUCUUCUCGAAGUGCAAAGGGAUAACAAUAAAACACGAAAAUGUACCAAAUUAGUGUUGAAACAUCGACUCCGAUCGGUCUUUUAUACCAUUCUAACCUAGGCAACACCACCGCGCUGCUGCAACUUCCCCUUGAAGCUGCGCUACCCUCCGCAUUACCAUUGUCGCAAGCCCAUUCAAUGGACCCAAAUCUUCAGCACACCAUCGAGCUGCAACAAGCAUCUUUACGUUCAGCUCAUGCUCUGGGCUUCUGGAUCAUUGGGGUCAUCCUCUUGGCCAUUUCGGCCUCUACUGGACUGCUUGUAUGCAGAAGUCCCCGGGGCACGGGACGUCGUGUCACUGCAAACGGGACGAUGCUAAGGGGAAUUUGGAGUGGCACUAGCCAAAGCUUAACUCUGCCAUUUUGUAGCUCUGCAGCACGUACCUUUUCUAAGGAGCGCGAAUUCUGCGCUGUAUGCAGGCUUCAUCUUCAGGAUGUUAAGCAAUCAACCACAGUUUUCGCACCUCAGAGAUCGCAGUCCUUAUCAACGAUAUCCUAUGAGGUGGACGACGCUCCUCCACCAUACGCAUCACUCGAGAACCUUACCUCGCCAGUGGAGGCUCGAAAUCCCGUGUUACAAACAGUUAUACAGGUGCAAACGCCACAGCCGCCGGUAGCCUUCUGCGCCCAUAAGUUCCUGAACGCACACUGCUAAUACACUGAAUUGAAGACCAAAGCGUUCAAUUCAACAUUCACACCUUAGGACAACGUCAAG